AAGGCCUAUAAAUGUGGUGCAGGGGAGCACAGCAGCACCCAUCUCAGACCAAGUUGAACCAAGAGUCCGCCUCCUUCAUACCCGUCGUUUUUACAUCUCCUCUGGAAUCUCAUCAUGGAUAUCCCCAUCCAGUAUCCCUGGUACCGUCGGGUCUUUCCACACCGACUCUCUGACAUCUCCUUGGCAGAACCUCUCACGGAUUGGCCACUAAUCUGGCCCUUCCCCUGGUCCUUCCCCUGGAUACGCCCUUCGUUCAUGCGUUGGUUCAACUGGCCCGACAAUGGACACAGUGAGAUGCGUGUUGAAAAGGAUCGCUACGUAAUUUUUCUGGAUGUAAAGCAUUUCUCACCUGAAGAGCUGUCCGUCAAUGUCAGCGAGGAGUUCAUCACAAUACACGGCAAACAUGAGGGCAGACAGGACGACCACGGCUUUGUGUCAAGGGAGUUUCUGAGGAAGUACAGGCUUCCUGCUGGCGUGUCAGGUGCUGAGGUCACCUCCAGUCUGUCAUUUGAUGGGAUCCUUACAAUCACUGCGCCUAGGUCAUCUCCUGGCUCCGAGCGCACUAUUCCUGUUUCCUGUGAAGAUGGAACACCGAAACAGAAAAUGUAGAGCCUGACGCUCUUCACACUGUUUCACUACUAACCCCAAGUGUUUUUAUAUUUAACCUGUUACAGUUUUGUUGGCAGUUUAGUAGACAAUAUACAGUAGGCAGGCAUACAGGUCUAUAUAAGUGCCUUUUAAUAAACUGGUAUCUAAUUCCUAACUCACUGUGAUGUCUCUGCAAGACAAUGGUGCUUUAAAACCAAAGGCUAAUAUGUUGAGCUCAUGUAACAAAGUCUAUUUGACAAAGUUUUGUAUAGACACAGAGGGGUGAGGUGCUGGAUAGAGUUAAUUUCCCUAUCACAAGCCUACAGAAUCCCUCUUUAAACCAUACCUAUAUAUCUGCCAGAAACCUCUAUUUAAAUGACUCAUUAAAGGUACAGUGUGUAGGAUUUGGCGAUGGUGUGGUUGCAGAUUGCAACAAACUGAAUACCAUUCCACUCACUCCUCCCUUUCUAAGACUGUGGUAAUGUGAGCUGCCGAGUGCAAAAUUGUGGUUACCGCAGUAACAAGCAUUUUGGUGGCCUUCAGGAAAUGUGAAAACGUAAAAAGUCUCUCUCUAGAGCCAGUGUUUGGUUUGUCCGUUAUGAGCUACUGUAGAAACAUGACGGAGCAACAUGGCGGACUCUGUGAAGAGGACCUGCUCUCUAUGUAGAUAUGAAGGGCUCAUUCUAAGCAGGUGAUUAUACACUAAAGAAAACUAGAAAAUUAUAUUCCAUUUUUGCUAAUUGAUCCCCCCGAAAUGACACACACUGUUCCUUUAAGGGCAUGUAAUCAUAUUUUGAAAGGCAUUUCCUUUCCUUCAUAAGGCAUUUACAAAUUUGAUAUAAUGUCUGUACUGGCUUUUCAGUUUAGUGACAAAAUUGUUUUAAGGAAGUGGAAAUGUAAAGACUUUCUCAAAAUUGUCCACUGAAGAUGAUAACAGACUAAAAUUGUCAAACUUAAUUGUGUCUACAGUACACGGUGCUGUCUGAGUGGGUAUGAGUAAGAUGCCAACUGUGCUUUGUUUGUUGGUUUCCGUAUGUGUGAGGAGGAGGGAAUUCUCUGGAUAUGCAGUAAUUUUUUAGUUUGUUCACUAAAAGAAAGCCACCAAAAGAGUUGGACCGGGUGUGUGUGUGUGUGUGUGUGAAGAAGGAGGGUGAAUGAGCAGUAUAGGGAAAGUAGUGGAUGAUGGAGAUGUUUGGAGACGGACAGCUUUUUAUCACUGGGCUCCUUUUCCACAGGGAGCAUAGCCUCUGAGCUGCUAUAAGGAAAGUGUGUGUGAAUGUAUGUGAGAGUUAGUGCAUUAUGUGCUUGUAGAUGCAACAGUUACAGCCCUAUAUCAUUCCUUCAAAUUGGCAACAACCCUCUGGCAUGUUAACACAGAAAACAACAGAUAGAAUAAAUGUUGAGACUCAAAA